AUUUAAUCGAUCAUCUAGGAAUGCCGGCGAGCUCGUCGUCUAGAAACGCUGCAAUUGCAAGCGAAAUCGUUGAUAACACUAAGAUAAUAUACGUAAACGUUCUGCGAACAAAAGAGUUUUCAACAAAUUUAGGGGCCAAAUGAAGAAGAAUUUGGUCAACGUCAAGACAUUUAUAAAUUUUAAUGAAAUUACAAAGAACGCGGGGACCGAAAUUAACGUGCAUCGGAAAUAUGACAAAUUGAAAAUGAGACUGUCUAUGAUUGAAAAAGCAAAUGUGACAAAUCAGAUUAACGCUCAACAAAUGAUGCACAGUAUUAUGUUAUUAUCAAGUGCGACAAGAGGUGGAGAGUUGAAUCAAUGAAAAACGUUCAUUGCGAUAAAAAAUAUCAACAAGCAUAUUCACCUCCUUCAGUGACACCAAUAACACCUUUAUUACAAUCAGAAUCUCCAUCAAUAUCGUCAUCAUCUAUAAUACCUAAAGCAGAAUCUUCUAAACAUACGACAUUUAUAAUCAAUACAGAUAUAUUGAAAUCUAUGACAAAACAAUUAAGGAAACCUGAUGGUAAUAAUAUUAGGAAAAUUCCAAGGCGUGUGGAUAUGAAGAUUCCUAGUAAGGAUAAGAAUAAUGAUGAACAAAAGAUCGCUCUUUCAUCAUCAGCACCUUCACAUCAAGAGUCAUCGGUAAUGUCUCUAGCACCACCAGCACCUUCAAUAACAUUAGUGGCCCCGGAAUCACAUAUUGAUCCUUUAGCACUAUCAGAACUUCCAUUAUUAUCAUUAGUAGCUACAAAGUCCCUUAUAGAGCCUUUAGCACUACAGCCACCUCCAUCGUACAAUAUAGACUAACCAAUAUUUACCUAUUUAUCCGCUCUCACCGCCAUUUUCAACCCCUUAUUUUUAAUAUAUACAACUCAACUCUGAGCUUUCUAAGCGUCGAAAUUCGGUGGUGUGGUAAAUAGUACGAUGAAAUGGUACAAAAUAUAUCGUUUCCUGAAUAAGUACAAUUGUAUUUAAUUUCAAAAUUAUUUUUAUUUUUUAUCUACUAAAAAAAAAAUGAUACGGUCACAAAUUUUUAACACCAAAUUUAGUCAAUUUUAAAGUCAGAACUGUUUA